CCGGGCCUGAGCGUGGAUGGGGGAUUUUUCACUGGUGGCCAUGGAGCUUUCUGCCAGCGAACCCAGCAUUUAUGACAAGCUAUCGGAGACCAUUGACCUGGUGAGGCAGACUGGACACCAAUGUGGAAUGUCAGAAAAAGCCAUUGAGAAGUUUGUCAAGCAGCUCUUGGAAAAGAAUGAGCCCCAAAGGGGACCCCCCCGGUACCCUCUCUUGAUGGCUCUCUACAAGGGCCUGCUUACCCUGGGCUUAAUCUUGCUAACUGCGUACUUCGUGAUGCAGCCGUAUAGCCCUUCGCCACCUGAAACCACGCUCUCCAGAGCCCAUGCCUGGGGCUUCCUCGUCGGUCACAUCCGGCUGCUGUCUUUGCCUAUUGCCAAGAAGUACAUGCUGGAGAAGUGCCAUGACUGGCGGGGACUAGACUGCAGGCAGAAUGGUUCUGAGAUCCCUGCCAACUGCUCUUGCUGCGCUGCCAUUCAAAGCCUCCAGGUAGUGACUGACCUAGGACAAUUAUCAGAAAACCUCCAGAGGCCUCAGCCCCUCUUAAUCAAGACAGGGCAGCAUCUGUCUUAUGAUGAACUGAAGCAUUUUCAGUCCCAGUACCCGGAAUUGACAGAGAUCACAAUAGAAGAGAAUUCAGCUGAACUCUGGCGCUGCCUUCCAAGACAGAUGUUUCCAUUUGCCUUCCCCUGGUACAAAGCCCUGAAUAAAACUCAGAUUCUCCAGGAACUUUUCCCUGCCUUGUCUUUGCUGGCAUUCCCAAAGGCAAUCUCCCUGGAAAGCUGCUUUCUCAUUCGCAACCCAGAGUUAGGGAAUAAGACCCACAGACUGCACAGCAUGUUUGCUAUUGGAAGCGGCCAGCUAACCCUGAAUAUUGCACCUUACACUGAGUGCAGAGGACACUGCAGGACUCUGUCGGUGGAGCUGGAAGCUGGGGAUUUUGGCUAUGCCAGCGCGGAUUACUGGAAGAUGAGCUUUAACUCCAGAGGAGCAGAGCCCAUAGUCAUUUGCGAUGGAUCCGCUAGCUAAGAACUGUGGGAGAGCUGGAGUCCACUCCAACGCGAGAAGAAUGCGCAAGGGGCACAAGGAGAUGGGCGUAUAAAAGCGACGAAGCUGGUGCAGCUGAAACAUCCGGGGAAGCAGCUUUGCCCACCCUGCCCACAGUGUGGGAGACCUUGUGUUUCAAGCAACCGUUUCCCUGACCUCCGAGGUAAUACUUCCCCUCCUCAGACGUACCUAAGGAGAGAGGCAGUUGAACUGAUCACCCCCCUCAGGUAAGCCCUGGGGGUGCACACGUUUGUUUUCUUGAGUCCAGGCGGCUGCAUUUCUGAGAACAAGCUUCUCCUUGUGUCCUUUGUGACUAUUGCACUGUUAGAAUUUCACAGGGAGCCCCAGAGCGGGCGAAAUUGUGACUGAAACCCUCCUUUGUGUUCAUCCCGGAGAGGUAACGUUGGGCUGGCCUAUUGGGGCAGCUCUGUCAAGGGGACACAUGAUUGAAAUGUUCCAUGGUUCCUCCCCCCACAUCACCACCCAGUUCCAUGCCUCACAAGGAGGAGAAUGAGCCCCACAG